AUGAAGAUUGGAGAAAAGCGUGCAGGCGAAGGAAGCCCUGCAGGACCGAGCCAGCUGUCCCCAGGGGAGCAGCAGCAGGCAAACCACCGGGGACAGCGGCCCGGACAGAGCCUCAGCGCCUACAGCUGGCGGGAGAUCCAGAGACACAACCAGGAGGCCGACCAGUGGCUGGUGAUCAACCGCAAGGUCUACAACGUGACUGACUGGGCCCCCCAGCAUCCAGGUGGGCCCCGGGUCCUCAACCACUAUGCUGAGGGCAAGGAGGAGACAGAUAUCUUCAGAGCCAUGCACAUGGAUCUUGACACUGUGUGACUGUACCUUAAGCCACUGCUCAUGGGAGAGCUUGCCCAGGGAGAGCCCAGCCAGGAGAGAAACAAAAACGCCCAGCUGCUGGAAGAUUUCCAGGAGCUGCGGAAGACGUUAGAGGCUAUGAACAUGUUCAAAGCCAACCUGGGUUUCUUCUUCCUUCACCUCGCCCAGAUCUCGGUUCUGGAAGCCCUGGCUUGGCUAAUGGUGUGGCAUUUUGGCAAUGGCUGGCCGGUUACAAUAUGCAUCUCCGUUCUCCUCGCGGUUUCUCGGGCGCAGAGUUUAUUUUUGCAGCAUGAUACAAGCCAUCUUUCCAUAUUUAAGAAGUCCAAGUGGAACCGCCUGAUGCACAAAUUUGUGAUGUGUCAUCUCAAGGGCGUGUCAAGACAAUGGUGGAAUUUCCAACAUCACAUAAAACCAAACAUUUACCCAAAAGACCCAGAUAUUGAUGUGGGCCCACUUUUCCUAGUUGGAGAUUUGCAACCUAUCAAGUAUGGCAAGAAGAAAAUCAAAUAUAUUGACUAUGAAAAGCAGCACCUGUACUUCUACACCUUUGGGCUUCCACUCCUUAUACCUGUGUAUCUCACCCUGCAAUCCACGCAACUGAUGUACCUCAGAAGGUAUUGGGGGGAAAUUGCCUAGGUCAGCAGUUUUUACAUCUGCUACUUCAUCACAUUCGGCCCUUUCUAUGGAAUCUUUGGAACCAUACUGCUCAUUACUUUGGUCAAGUUUCUGGAAAGUCCCUGGAUUGCAUUUGUUUCACAGAUGAGCCACGUAUCCAUGAAGAUGAGCGUAGAGGAGAACAGAGACUGGGUCAGUACUCAGGUUUUGGCAACCUGUAAUGUUGAACAGUUUUUUAACGACUGGUUCACUGGGCACCUGAACUUCCAAAUCAAGCAUCAUCUGUCCCCCACCAUGCCUCGCCAUAAUUACCACAAGGUGGCACCUCUGGUGAGGUCCUUGUGUGCCAAGCAUGGACUGCAGUGUGUGAACAAGCCCAUGUUGAAGGCGUUCGGGGAUAUUGCCAGGUCACUGAGGAAAUCCUCAGCCCUCUGGGCAGACGUGUGCUACAAGACAUGA